AAAAGCUGUGUGGAUGUUAAGAGACACAAAAAAAUGCGACAGCAUUUUAAACAUGAAUUUGUUUUAAUUUACGCUUAUUUUUGUUUCAUUUAUUUCAUACCCAUGAAGCACUGCGGGCUACAACACAUGGAUUCUCCGAGUGAGCCUCGCUUGAAAUAUGUGAAAUAUGUAAGAAAGCGGUUGUAGCACUAGCGUACAAUACUUCAGUGUUUAAAACUAAAGUAGGACUUAUGUCGAGAGAUGCUGGAUAACAUUAUUGUCGUAUCCUGUGCUUUGUUUUAUAUGGCAUAAAAAGCUUAACCAAAAAACACGUUCCGACACUCCUGCCAGCCUCACCUACGAUCAAAACGUCAUACAAGAGAAAGAAAUCCUCUUGAAACAAGCUUAAGCAAACUUCAAAGGCAGCACUACAUCUGUCUGAAGAUGGAUUCUACUGUCGACAAUUUCACGCAAGGCGGAAAUCUCAGUGCAGGACGAGCCUACGUCCUCACCCCACUAGACACUGGAACAAAAAUAACUCUGACCACAAUAACUUGUACUAUCGGUGUCCUAGCGGCCAUAAGCAACGCCAUCAUCAUCUACUUCACAGUGACAGCACUUAGACGCCCGAGAGUGCUAGCCUUCAAUCGCUCACACACCGCCUACUUUGUUAUGAGUCUCGCCUGCUCUGAUCUCUGCGCAAGUGGGAUGACUAUACCUGUUUAUAAUGCUGCUGAAUUGUGGAUAGACUUUGUAAACACAGACUUUAUGUGUACAGUAGUGAGAGUACUCAACAUUGCGUUUCCAAUUAUCACAAUUAACAAUCUUAUCGUAAUUUCAGUAGAGCGAUAUCUUUGCAUGUUCCACCCGUUCUAUAUUCCAUCCAGGCGAGUCGUGAAGGGUUUGAUAGUUGGGGCGUGGGUAGCAGGUUUGGGAACAACUCUAGUCUUAACAGGAACCUACAAGCUAAUCCCAAAAGCAGUUGGCGAAAAUCACUUCUAUCUUAAAUGUUUAUACGACACCACUGACCCCACCGCCAAGGCUCAAGUUAUUGCAUUCGUUUUAUUGCAGUUUUUACUCCCUUUCAUAGGUCUCGCUAUCGUUAAUAUACGCAUAACGAAAUUCCUCAACAAGAGAAAUCGCGUAUCUCCCGAGGAGACCGGUUCAAACCUGAAGUCCGAUGACUGGAGGUUAAAGAAUUCUCGAAUGUUCGUCACUAUUGUUGCUACAUUUAUUGUCCCAUAUUUUCCGUGGUUCGUGUACACAGCAGUCAAUGCUAACAUCACCAUUGCAGCCUACGAAGAGUUGGUUUUUCGGCAUUGUUUUUCCAUAAUUGCGUUUGCCAAUUGUCUAGUUAACCCAAUUAUUUAUUUUCUUUUUUCUAAGGAAUUUCGCAACAGGCUUUCCCGUGCUCUAAAGUUUAUAGGUUGAAAAAAAAAAAACAUAUAAGGGAUUUCGUAAAGUCAAAAAAUAAAUCAAAAACAACAAGA